AUGGUUGAGAGGAGAGGUGUCAAUCGAGGUAGUUUUAUAGCAGGACGUAGUGUCCACAAUGUCAGAAUUGAGAGACUUUGGUGGGAGAUGAACAGGGUUGUCACUGCUUUUUACAAGGACAUCUUUCAUUUCUUGGAAGAUUCGUGUUUGCUUAAUUCACACAGUGAGUUUGAUCUUUUUGCUCUACACUACAUCUAUUUACCCAGGAUCAAUGCAUCACUUGAGCAGUUUGUUGAGCAGUGGAACUUCCCUGGGAUACGCACUGCAGGAUAUGAGUCCCCAGUGGCUUUGUGGCAUGCAGGUAUUAUGCACAGUAUGGAUGAUGCAGUAAUUUACGAACCAGAUACUUAAAUCAAUACCAUAA